CAGUAUCAUGAGCAGACAGGACGGUGCAGCAGGCUGUCGUGUGAACGGGCUGCAGGUGUCGUUGUCCACAGACAACAUGUCGAGCAGACGCUUCAGGGAGUCCUGGGCCGUCGUGACUAAAGCCAGCCCCACAUGGGAUGAGUGCUACGCGGCCCGCACCCGCCACGGGACCGCAUCCGCAGCGCCGGAGACCGAGGAGGAGCAUUUUAGUCGAGUGGAAGAGGAGAAGGAUCCUGUGGAUCCAAAUGAUGAAGAAUGGGGGUUAUCUUCUCCUUACCCUUUGGAUCAGCAUGCCUCACCCCCAGCCCCUCCAGCAACAUCUGCAGCAUCACUCCACAGAGCUCCGAGGCCGAGGUCUUACAACCGAACCCAGAGGAGGAGCUCUGCUGCGUCACACCCCUACAGAGCACAAGGCUAUCAUGAAUCAAGAGGUCCUGUUUUCAUGCAACACACGUACGGCUUCAGCUUCAACUGUAAUCGCAGAAGUUACAGACGAAGAAGGUACAUGUCAGGGAUGUCAGGGAGAUACAGGCCCAGACCGUCGCUGGAGCACUUUCCUGUGACUAUCCAGCCUACCAGGUGGUACCAGGUUGUCGGGAGUAUGCAGUGCAGAAACUGCAGAUACCUGGGGAGGCACCAGAUGACAUCUUGGAUGUGCCAGAGCUGCAAGGUGCCCCUGUGUCUGGUGCCAUACAGAAACUGCUAUGGUAUAUGGCACAGGCAGAGAUGUUGAGCUUUCUAGCAGGAAAGACAGGAAGUUAAUUCUCCCACGAUGGGAUUGAGUUUUUAUUAAGUGCAACUUUAAUCGGCCUUGAGGCUUUAGCAGUUAAUCUUUCACUAUCAGACCUGUAGUUAACUUGCACUAUUCACUGUAAUGCUGAUUGUUAAUUUGGUGUUAGAGCUACCAGUUGUUCCUUAAACGUUUCACAGUUUUUUGUUUGGUCAACGGGUUUGAUCCCCAUACUGUUUGUUAUUUUG